AUGCUCGAACAGAACCUUUACGACUUCCUCAAGCAAAAUAAAUUCACUCCUCUACCUCUCAACAGUAUUCGUCCUAUCCUACAGCAGGUUCUUACAGCACUGCUUAAACUGAAGUCUCUCGGCUUGAUUCAUGCCGAUCUCAAACCCGAAAACAUAAUGCUGGUCGAUCCUACUAAUCAGCCUUUUCGAGUGAAGGUCUUUUACUUUCGGAGUAUUCCUUCGUUAUUUUUGUGA